GCAGGCAGAAGACUAGACACCAUGUACAUGAGCGGGUGGGUCCUGCUGAUGUUAAAGCGCUGACGCGGAAUGAUGACGUCCUCUUUCCCCGCUGUUCGAGAGGAGGUUUGGAAUUUAAGUCCACCAUCCAUCGUUAAUCUACAAUGGCCGAGGAAGGCAUCGCUGCCGGAGGUGUGAUGGAUGUCAACACCGCUCUUCCCGAUGUGCUCAAGACCGCACUGAUCCACGAUGGCCUGGCCCGUGGUAUCCGCGAGGCCGCCAAGGCUCUGGACAAGCGCCAGGCCCACCUCUGUGUCCUUGCGGCCAACUGCGACGAGCCCAUGUACGUCAAGCUGGUGGAGGCCCUCUGCGCUGAGCAUCAGAUCAACUUGAUCAAGGUUGAUGACAACAAGAAGCUCGGUGAGUGGGUCGGUCUGUGCAAGAUUGACCGGGAGGGCAAACCCCGCAAGGUGGUGGGCUGCAGCUGUGUCGUCAUCAAGGAUUAUGGCAAGGAGUCUCAAGCAAAAGACGUGAUUGAGGAAUACUUCAAAGCCAAGAAAUGAGGUGUCAAUAAAAUGUGGAAAUGAA